GGUUGCUUGCUUGUUUCACUAGCCCUCGUUGUAGUCUAGCGGCGGAGCGUGUGUGCGUGUUCGAGUUGCGGCAUCGUGACAUACAAUCGUAUUGACAAUCGAAACUCCUACUCACCGGGUGACGAACCUGCCGGGCGGCUCUGAUUACUCCCUACCGAUUCCUUGAUUGGUGCUCGGAAUUCGAUUGUUGUACGUACGUCUGCCUAUUCCGGCAUCUCUACUUGCUGCGGCAAGAAACACAGAAAACGAUGUCUUACAAAGCCGAAAGCCGAGUUUACGUGGGUAAUCUGCCGCCGGACAUCCGCACAAAGGAUAUCGAAGACCUGUUCCAUAAGUACGGAAAGAUCACAUUCAUCGAUUUGAAAAAUAGACGCGGACCGCCAUUCGCCUUCGUCGAAUUCGAGGAUCCGAGGGAUGCCGAAGAUGCCGUGUCGGCCCGAGACGGCUACGAUUACGAUGGCUACAAACUCCGGGUCGAAUUCCCGAGAGGUAAUUCCGCCCGCCCCAGAGGAGGGCCGUCCCGCGGCCGAGGUCCGCCUGCACGUAGAAGCCAAUACCGAGUUAUAGUAACUGGUUUGCCUCCCACCGGAUCGUGGCAGGAUCUCAAGGAUCAUAUGCGCGAAGCCGGAGAUGUUUGCUAUGCGGAUGUGUACAAAGAUGGCACCGGUGUGGUAGAGUUCUUACGUUAUGAAGACAUGAAAUACGCUGUCAAGAAACUUGACGAUAGCCGAUUCCGUUCCCACGAGAGCGAGGUAUCGUAUGUACGGGUCAAGGAAGACACCGGCCGCGAAAGCAGAUCGCGUUCGCGAAGUCAAUCGCAACGGCGCUCGCGCUCACCUCCGAACUACUCCCCAAGGAAGAACUAUUCCCGUUCCAGGUCCCGCUCCCGCUCCCCCUCAUAAACACUCACUCAUUCUGCAGUUUUCCCGUUUCGACUCUAAAUACCACAGAUACAAGCUUUCCAAUUACUCACUGAACACAUGCAGCCACGGGCUCGCGGGCAAAACGAGCAGCCAAUCAGAUAGAUUUUCUUUUUGUACAAUCCCUGUGAAUUACAUUACCCCUUUCUCUUCGUUUUGUUCGUGUUGUACACAACUUCUUGAUUUGCCGACAAUAAUUCGCUUCUCGUGUUUUGCACACUGCUAGAUUCGACCAAAUCAAGGCGAGUUCCAAGAUCAAGAUCGAAACGUAGAGAUGCCGCGUAUCCUUCGAACAGAAUAUAGUUCUCGCUCUGGGAAGCAGCUCCGGACAUGCAUGGCCCUGAAACCCAACAUCCUACGCUGUCCCGUCAAUCAGAUGAUUUUCGGGUGGUUUCGUAGAUAUUCGAUCGUCUAUCGGUCGGUCGUCCGAUCGAUAGAUCAGCGAGAUACGAGAUCCGAUUCACAUAAUAAUUAUCUUUACUACUUUUCUUUCUCCUACGACAACAGUGUGUACGAGAUUGGACUCAAACAAUCAUGUGGAUGGAUCAAAUAAAGGAAUUC